UUUGUCUUUUCUAUUGAUAUUAUUAAUACAUGUCUGGCACUAAGUUGAAAAUGUCAGGUACUAUUUCAUUAGUGUCUGACAUUUUGUCAGGUACAUCUAAAACUGUUUUUUCCAGGCUUGUUUAUGAACCAUUAUUGGUUUAUACGAUUGGUGAUUUAGAACAGCAAAAUAAAGUAAAUGUGGAAAAGGGAAACUGUAAUGUAGAUGAAUAUUGUCAUGUUAAAGAUGAGAAAACUGAUGAUGUAGAUGAAUAUUGUCAUGUUUAUUUUAAAGAAGAGGAAACUGAAGAUGUAGAUGAAUAUUUUUAUGUUAAAGAAGAGAAAACAGAUGAUGUAGAUGAAUAUUGUCAUGUUAAAGAAGAGAAAACUGAUGAAGUAGAUGAAUGUCUUGAUGAAGAAGUGAAAACUGAAGAUAUUGAACCAGUUCAUCAGUGUAAUUUAUGUGAUGAGGAAUUUAAAUCCGACAUUGAUUUAGAGAAACAUUGUGAAGUACAUCAUAAAUUAGAGUUCAGUUCUAGUGAGUUGAAAGCAUGUAGGGAUGUUUGUAGUAAAUCAGUCAUCCCAUUUUACAAUGAUAGCACUCUACAACAACACAUUAGGGGUCAUGCUGAAGAUAAACCUUAUGAAUGUGAUGUUUGUGGAAAAUCAUUUUCUAGAUGUUCAGAUCAACAGCGUCACACAAGAAAACAUACUGGAAAAAAACCUUGUAAAUGCGAUGUUUGCGAUAAAUCAUUUUACGAUAAUAGCUCUCUACAACAACACAUUAGAAGUCAUAGUGGAGAUAAACCUUAUGAAUGUGAUGUUUGUGGAAAAUCAUUUUCUAGACGUUCAGAUCAACAGCGUCACACAAGAAAACAUACGGGUGACAAGCCAUAUAAAUGUGAUGUUUGUAGUAAAUCAUUCACUGAAAGAGAUACUCUACGGAGGCACACAAAAACUCAUAGUAGUGAAAAACCUUAUCAGUGUGAUGUUUGUAGUAAAUCAUUUGCUGUAAGAGGUUAUCUACAGAAACACAUUAAAAUUCAUUCUGGUGAAAAACCUUAUCAUUGUGAAGUUUGUAGUAAAUCAUUUGCUUAUAGUAAUAGUCUACAGUUUCAUAUGAGAAGUCAUACAGGCGAAAAACUUUAUAAAUGUGAUGUUUGUAAUAAAUCAUUUACUGAAAGAGGUACUCUACGAAAGCACACAAAAACUCAUAGUCAUGAAAAACCUUAUCAGUGUGAUGUUUGUACUAAAUCAUUUGCUUAUAGUAAUAGUCUACAGUUUCAUAGGAGAAGUCAUACUGGUGAAAAACCAUAUGAAUGUGAUGUUUGUAGUAAAUCAUUCACACAGACUAGUAGCCUACGGCAACACAUGAGAAUUCAUAGUGGUGAAAAACCUUAUAGAUGUGAUGUUUGUAAUAAAUCAUUUACUAAAAGAGGUACUCUACGGAAUCACGGAAGAACUCAUAGUGGUGAAAAACCUUAUCAGUGUGAUGUUUGUAGUAAAUCCUUCGCUUCUAGUAGUAGUCUAUGUUUACAUUCCAGAACGCAUACAGGUGAAAAACCUUAUAAGUGUGAUGUUUGUAGUAAAUCAUUCACACUGCCUGGAAACCUACAGAGACACAUGAGAAUUCAUACUGGCGAGAAGCCAUAUAAAUGUGAUGUUUGUGAUAAAUCAUUCAGACAACAUGGAAACCUACACAAGCACAUGAAAACUCAUACUAUACAAAAACCUUAUAAAUGUGAUGUUUGUAGUAAAUCAUUUUCUGAAUAUAGUCUUCUACAGGAGCACAAAAGAAUUCAUUCUGGAGAAAUACCAUAUAAAUGUGAAGUUUGCAGUAAAUCAUUUAAUAGGAAAUCAAGUCUACAGAGGCACAUGAGAAUUCAUACCGGUGAAAAACCGUAUACAUGUGAUGUUUGUGGUAAAUCAUUCACUGAAAUAUGUACUCUACGGAAACACAUGAGAAUUCAUACAGGCGAAAAGCGUUAUAAAUGUGAUGUUUGUAGUAAAUCAUUCACUGAAAGACGUACUUUACAGAGACACAUUUAUAAGAAUUCAUACAGGAAAAAAAACUUUUACAUGUGAUGUUUGUGGAAAAUCAUUUACUGAAAGACAUACUUUACAGAGACGCAUAAGAAUUCCUACAGAAGAAAAACCUUUUUCAUGCGAUAUUUGUAGUAAAUCAUGUGGAACCCUACAAACUCACAUGAACACCCAUACUAGUGAAAAACUAUAUGAAUGUGAUGUUUGUAGUAAAUCAUUUACUUAUCGCGCUAGUUUAAGGUCCCACAUGAGAAUUCAUACUGGUGAAAAACCUUUUAUAUGUGAUCUUUGUAGUAGAUCAUUUAGUCAUAGUAGUACCCUACAGUCACACAUCAGAACUCAUACAGGAUAU